CCCUUGGUUAAAUAGCUUCCCCUCUAAUGGCUUUUGCCCUGGAAGCAGCACGUCCCAACUCCAGCCAGAAGCAGCUCACCCCAGAAUGAGAGCUGCCACCCUCCUUGUGGCCAGGGCAGCAAGCCUUCGCCUUAGCCUCCUGCUUUCCUUCUGGCUGGACCGAGGUGUAGGAGCCAAGGAGCUGAGGUUUGUGACAUUGGUUUUUAGGCAUGGAGACCGAAGUCCCAUCGAAACCUUUCCUAACGACCCCAUUAAGGAAUCCUCAUGGCCACAAGGAUUUGGCCAACUCACUCAGCUGGGCAUGGAGCAGCAUUAUGAACUUGGACAAUAUAUAAGGAAACGAUAUGAAAAAUUCUUGAACAAGUCCUAUAAACAUGAACAGGUUUUUGUUCGAAGCACGGAUAUUGACCGGGCUUUGAUGAGUGCUCUGACAAACCUUGCAGCCCUAUUUCCCCCAGAAGGUAUCAGCGUCUGGAAUCCCAGCCUACCCUGGCAGCCCAUCCCAGUGCACACAGUCCCGGUUUCUGAAGAUCGGUUGCUAUACCUGCCUUUCAGGAACUGCUCUCGUUUUCAAGAACUUGAGAGGAAGACUUUGAAAUCAGAGGAAUUCCAAAAGAGGCUGCAUCCUUAUAAGGAUUUUAUAGAAAUCUUGCCAAAAUUUACAGGAUACCAUGGCCAGGACCUUUUUGGAAUUUGGAGUAAAGUCUACGACCCUUUAUUUUGUGAGGGUGUUCACAAUUUCACUUUACCCUCCUGGGCCACAGAGGACACCAUGACUAAGUUGAAAGAAAUAUCAGAAUUGUCCCUCCUGUCCCUCUAUGGAAUUCACAGGCAGAAAGAGAAAUCUAGACUGCAGGGGGGUGUCCUGGUCAAAGAAAUCCUCUAUCACAUGAAGAGUGCAACUCAGCCAUUGAACCACAGAAAACUCAUUAUAUAUUCUGCACAUGACACUACUGUGAGUGCCCUACAGAUGGCGCUAGAUGUUUACAACGGAAUCCUUCCUCCCCAUGCGUCCUGCCACUUGACGGAAUUGUACUUUGAGAAGGGGGAGUACUUCAUAGAGAUGUACUAUCGGAAUGAGACGCAGCAUGAACCACAUCCCCUCACGCUGCCUGGCUGCACCCCCAGCUGCCCUCUGACAAAGUUUGCUGAGCUGGUUGCCCCUGUGAUCUCCCAAGACUGGUCCACAGAGUGUGCCAUGAGCAACCAUGAAGGUACUGAGGACGCUAUGGAUUAGGGUGCACACAGAGCUCUGCAGAGAGGGCAGAAUACCCUUUCUCCAGAUGGUUGGUGCUUUGAGAAUAUAAACUGGCUUCAACCCCAUCUUUGGGGGAAAUAGGUUUGGGGUGAUAAUUGUAUGUUUCAGAGACCUCAACUUCAGGCAACUCCUACCUCUUUACCUGGCCCUGCUCCUACUUGCCGUAAACCUUGUCAACCUACAUAAACCCAGGAGGCAGUAAUGAAGCAGAAAACAUUUACUUGGGAUCAAAGAAUUGCAAUUCGGGGAACACAUAUCAAACUGGAACAAAAUUAGAAAUGUAAGAAUGGGGGCUUCCCUGGUGGUGCAGUGGUUGGGAGUCCACCUGCCAAUGCAGGGGACAUGGGUUCAGGCCCUGGCCCAGGA